UUCGCUCUACCCGCCGCUCUGAGGCACGGACCCCUGGUUCCCUCACACACACAGCCCCGGGCGGCUCCCGGUCCCUCAGGAGGCCCUCGGAGCCUCUUCCCCGAGGAUCCCUGCCCGGCACCCGGCCCCUCUCUGGGCGCCAUGGAGCGGCGGCAGGAGGUGAAGGCCCUGCUGAAGCGGUGGGAGGCGGAUUUCCUGCGGGAGCGGCGGAGGAAGCCCAGCCAGGCUGACAUCGAGGCAGCUCCAGAGGACACCAGACGGCUCUAUAAGGAGUACAAGAUGCUCAAGCAGCAGAGAGAGGGAGUCGGAUCCCUCACGGCUCAGUCCCUCCUGCCAACCGGCAGCCCCGGAGCAGACAAAGCCAUGGUCAUCCUGCCUGUUUAUAAGGGGGUUUAUUUGACCUUAGUAUUGGAGCUCAUCUUCGUGAUAGGAUUCAAUUUGUUUGGAUUUAACAGGAGACACCCCCUGACCCCGAGGAGGACCCCCACUGCCAGGCAAACCCUGGCUGUCCCUGGGCUUCAGACAAAUUUGGGGACAAGUGACAAAGCCACGGCACCGGUGGAGGCUUCGCAGAGUGAGGGAGGCGAGCCGGGAGAUCUCCUCCUUCCUCCCUCAGUGUCGGGGUUGGCCCCCAUCGUCCUCUCUGCAGGGUUGAAGCCCCCCUGCCGCCGCCCGCCAAAUAAAUUCCAGCAGCUGAAGCGGACGGUGGCACAGAGACUGGGCUCGCUGGAUCCCGCCUGGCUGCGGAGGUGCCGAGAGGGAGCAGGGAGAGAUCGGAUGUGCCCCCCCACAGCAGGAGGGGGGCAGUGGGAUACCAUCGGUGGAAGAUUCCGGGAGGAAAAGGCCACGCGGAGAUGGUGGAGACGGCGCGGCGGCUCCCACGAAGCUCAGGCGGUGCCACCGGGACUCAGCCAAGGCAACAUUCGGUGCCGCCAGUGGGCUGAAGCAGAGCGAGGAGGAAGAGAAGGAGGAGAAGAAAAGCGUGCGGCAGCCCAAAAGGAGAGCAGGAAGGUGUCGGAUCCCUUGGAAAACAUCCUGGGAGAGUUGGAGGAGGAGGAGGAGGAGGAGAAGCCCAGACCCACCCGCAGAGCUGGUGCUGCCAGAGCACCUCCGCAGAGAGGCGGCAACUUCGUCAGGCUUAACCUGAAGAAGAAAUCUUACGUCCGAGGAUACGCCCUGCGGGGAAAUCACCUUCGCAAGCAGGUGUGGAAGCAGAAGUGGAAGAAGAAAGCAGAGCGGUUCGGAGGAGGCAGUGGAUCCAUCGACCGAAGCUCGGACGUCUGCUUCAGGUGCGGCGGGACGGGGCACUGGGCAUCAGCGUGCCAGGGCCGAGCUGCCGGCCCGCUGCCGGAGGAGGGCGGCUGGGCGGAUGAAGAGGAAGAGGCUCCCCUGCCCACGCUGGAAGAAGUGGCUCGCAGGACCAACACGAUCUGCCAAGAGCUCUCCUUCUCCGGUGAGGCCCCGUGGCUUGCUGGCCUGCUGGCUUGCCUCGCUCUCACGCUGACACGCUGUGGCUGGCUCCGGGAUGAACUCCGGGAGACGUGGAAUCGUUUCCUUUUCCCUGUGGGAAGUUUGUUUGCGCUCCCGGGAGGGUUUGCCUGGCAUCAAAAGGUGGCUUCAGCAGCCUGGGUUUGUGCUGGGAUGUGUCUCCUCCGGGAACACUGGCCUAAAAUACGGGCAGGCUCACCGUGCUUGCUCCUGCGUGGCAGUGGGUGUCCAGGCAGGGUAGGAAAAGCUGCCUGCGGUUCCCGAUUGCUGCCUUCAUCCCUGGCAGAGAACGGAACCAGCGACCAGGAAAGAUCCGAGAAGAUUUUAGAGGCAACGACUUACCUGGAUGUACGGAGGCCGGCGUACGAGCCGCCCGCUCCCCCUGCACCCAUGGAGCCCCUCUAUGGCCUGGGGCCGGAGGGGAAGGUGCGAGAGACCCCGGAGGAGGUGUUUGAGGCUCUGAAGGCGCUGGGCUACAGCUCCUUCCGCCCGGGCCAGGAGCUGACCGUCAUGAGGAUCCUCUCCGGCCUGUCCACGCUGGUGGUGUUAUCGACGGGGAUGGGGAAGUCCCUCUGCUACCAGCUCCCCGCUUACCUCUACCACAAGCGCUCCCAGUGCCUCACCUUGGUCAUCUCCCCGCUGGUGUCCCUGAUGGAUGACCAGGUCUCGGGGCUGCCGCCGUGCCUGAAGGCCGUCUGCAUCCACUCCAACAUGACCAAAGCCCAACGGGAAGCGGUGAUGGAGAAGGUGAGGCAGGGUGAGGUGCAGGUGCUGCUGCUGUCCCCCGAGGCCCUGGUUGGCGGAAGCGGAUCGGGAUCCGGCUGCCUGCCCUCCGCCGAUCAGCUGCCGGCCGUGGCCUUCGCCUGCAUCGACGAAGCCCACUGCGUCUCCGAGUGGUCCCACAAUUUCCGUCCCUGCUACCUGCAGCUCUGCAAGGUUCUCCGGGAUCGCCUGGGCGUGCGUUGCUUCCUGGGCCUGACGGCGACCGCCACCCUGGCCACGGCACGGGACGUGGCCCAACACCUCGGCAUCCCAGCAGAGGAAGGGAUAGCCGUGCGUUCCGCCGCCGUGCCCCCGAACUUGCACCUCUCUGUCUCGAUGGACAGGGACAGGGAUCAGGCCCUCAUCGCGCUGCUGCAAGGGGAACGUUUUGGGUGCCUGGACUCCAUCAUCGUCUACUGCACGAGGCGGGAGGAGACAGCUCGCAUCGCAGCCCUUAUCCGGACCUGCCUCCAAGGAACGCUGCUGAAGGAACCCGCCGGAGCCCAAGAGCCGGGACGGGAUGCUGCCGAAAGGAAGAAAGCAAAGGCAAAGAAGAGCGUCCGCCGGCCGCUGAAGUGGAUUGCGGACGCUUACCAUGCCGGCCUAUCUGCUGCCGAACGCCGCCGCGUCCAGAAGAGUUUCAUGAGCGGCCAACUCCGCGUGGUGGUGGCCACGGUGGCUUUCGGCAUGGGGUUGGAUAAAUCGGGGACGUCCCGCGGCAUCGUGCAUUACAACAUGCCCAAAAAUUUCGAGAGUUACGUGCAGGAGAUCGGCCGGGCCGGGCGAGACGGUGAGCCGGCUCACUGCCAUCUCUUCUUGGAGCCGGAGGGUGGGGAUCUCCACGAGCUGCGGCGCCAUAUUUACGGCGACACGGUGGAUUUUUUCACCAUCAAGAAGCUGGUGCAGAAGGUUUUCUCUCCCUGCAAGUGCUUGGAGCUGCACCAGAAACACCAGGACGUCAUCAGGGACGGGGAGGUGGAGGAUGCCGAAAUGGCCGAGCUCUUGGAGGAGGAGGACAGCGGCAGCGGCGGCGUGGCGAGGCAGAGUGGGCAGCGGGUGUGCUACAAGCACGAGCGAGCCAUCCCCAUCCAACAAACCGUGGAAUCCCUGGACAUACGGGAGGAAGGCAUCGAGACCCUCCUGUGCUACCUGGAGCUGCAUCCGCAGCGCUGGCUGGAGCUGCUGCCUCACACCUACUCCUCCUGCCGGCUCCUGUGCUACAGGGGACCCCAGCAGCUCCGGACCGCGGCACGGAGUUCUCCCCCCAUCGCCGUCUUCCUGGCCCGGGAGCGCCUGGCAGGGAGGGACCACAGCAACGCCAGCUCCCUGGAAUUCGACGUGGUCUCGCUGAGCGACUCCAUGGGUUGGGAAGUACCGCUGGUGAAACGCGCCCUGCGCCAGCUCCAGUGGGAUCCGCGCCUGCGGCAAGGUACCGGCAUGCCCGGGGGGAAGAGCGGGGUCGUGGUGGAGUUUGGAGAGCUGUCCUUCCACCUACGUGCCUACGGCGACCUCACCGACCAGGAGCUGGACUCUGUCUGCGAUUUCCUCCCGAAGGUGGUGGCCAGGGAGAAGAUGGCUCUUGGACAACUCCGCGCCUGCUUCCAGGCCUUCCAGAGGUGGAGCGCAGGUGGAGAAGACCACCCAACCCUCGCAGAGCCCUCUGAAGAAGAGAGGAGUUCCUGCCUGAAGGCUCUGCUCAGCGACUACUUCGAGAAGGAGCCCGCUGGCGAGCAGGCUGCGCGUGGCUGCGAGGAGGAGGAGGAAGAGGAGGAGGAAGAUCUCGGCGACGCUAAACUGUGGGACUGGGAGAGCCAGAUCCGCGCCGACAUCCGCCAUUUCCUCGCCAUCCGCCAGGACGAGAAGUUCUCCGGCAGGGCCGUCGCCAGGAUAUUUCACGGCAUCGGCAGCCCCUGUUUCCCUGCCCAGGUCUACGGCCGCGACCGCCGGUUCUGGAGGAGAUAUCUCACCUUCGACUUCCACCAGCUCACCCGCCUGGCCACCGAGGAGAUCUUGGCCAGCAGGUGAGGGCAGGAGGCA